GGGAGCGGACCCUUGGAGCCAUUGUAAGACAGAGGACUCAGCCAAUGACUCCUGAGGCGGUGAAGGCUAACUGGACGAAGAUCUGUGACUUUGAUAAUGCCACCAAGCCUCAGAGAAUUCAAGACUCAAUUGGCGGUAUAAUUGAAGCUCUAAAUAAAAUAGAUUCAGAUGGAGGAGUUUCGGCAAAUCAUACCAGUAAUGUGACAUCAACAGCUACAUCAGGAUUUGCUGGAGCUAUUGGCCAUAAACUUCCUCCAUUUUCUUCUUCUUAUACGGAACUGGACACUAUUAUGUAUGCCCUUGGAGUGGGAGCAUCUCUCAAGGAACCGAAAGAUUUGAAAUUUAUUUAUGAAGGGAGUUCUGAUUUCUCCUGUUUGCCUACCUUCGGAGUUAUUCUAGCUCAGAAAUCUAUAAUGGGUGGAGGAUUAGCAGAGAUUCCUGGGCUCUCAGUCAACUUGGCAAAGGUAUGCAUAAUAAGAAACCUUUAUUUUGCUCUUCUUCUCUUUCUUUAAAUAUGAUUGGUAAAUGUCACAUGCUGUGUGUGUGUGUGUGUGUG